UCCUGGCGGCAGUGCCGGCCGUCGUUCGCUUCGGAUUCCCUCGAAGCCCUCCGCUGAUUGGAUUGUAACCUAGACCUGUAGCAGCAACUAGCCGAACCGCGGCUGUUCUUUUUUAACCGUUUCAACUCCUCUCUCGGUUUUUUUUUAAAUCCCCCUUUUUUAAACAUCUCUUUUAUUUUAAAAAAAAAUCCUCAUUUUUGAGGGGAGGGUUGGUUGUGGUGGGAACUUUUCCUUCCCAAACCGGGAAAAAGCCAAACUCAUUUGAUUCCUGAUAUUAAGCCCGGGAAGGAAAGCACAGCUUUCGCUACAAUUUUUUGCUGAAUUGUAAAGCUACAUUUAGUGAUGGAAACCAGUUGGACUGUACAGCUGUUGCCUCUCUUAGUUCUGACAUUGGUGAGUCUGUUCCCUCUACAUGCACAUCUGCAGUUUUUCUCAUUAUCUGUCCAGGCUUCUGUCACAGCAGUUCCAGAUGAAAAAGAAGGAAACUGGUCCAGUGAAAUGGGAAUUAAGAACCAUACAAACCAUCAAGCAAUACUAGGUGUAACGAAUAAUAAAAUCAUGACAGCACAGUUUGAAUGUUAUCAGAAAAUUAUGCAAACUACUGAAGAAUAUGAAGGUCCACAUUGCAACAGAACAUGGGAUGGUUGGUUAUGCUGGGAUACUACUGCAGCAGGACAAACUGUAGAACAAAACUGUCCAGACUACUUUCAGGACUUUGACCCUUCAGAAAAAGUUCAUAAGAUCUGUGAAGAAAGUGGACACUGGUUUGUGCACCCUGAGAGUAACAGAAUUUGGACAAACUAUAGCCUUUGCACUCAUCAAAUAUAUUAUAAAUUGCAGACAGCUCUGAAUCUGUACUAUAUCUCUAUAAUUGGCCAUAGCCUUUCAAUUGUUUCACUUCUCAUUUCCCUUGGCAUAUUCUUCUAUUUUAAGAGCCUCAGUUGCCAAAGGAUCACAUUGCAUAAGAAUCUCUUUUUCUCUUUUGUUUGCAACUCUAUUGUAACAAUUAUUAUUCUGUCAGGAGCUGCCAACAGCCAAGCAGUGGCUGCAGAUUACCCAGUUGGAUGCAAAGUGGCACAAUUCCUUCACUUUUACUUAACCGUUUGCAAUUACUUCUGGAUGCUCUGUGAAGGCAUUUACUUGCACACUCUGAUUGUGGUGGCUGUAUUUGCAGAAAAGCAGCAUUUACUUUGGUAUUACCUCCUUGGAUGGGGCUUCCCGUUGAUACCUUCCUGCGUACAUGCUGUAGCCAGAAGCUUAUAUUUCGAUGACUACUGCUGGAUCAGUUCAGAGACUCAUCUGCUGUACAUCGUCCAUGGUCCUAUUUGUGUUGCUCUUUUGGUGAAUCUCUUUUUCCUUUUGAACAUUGUCCGUGUUCUAAUCACAAAGUUAAAAGUCACCCAUCAGGCGGAAUCCAAUCUCUACAUGAAGGCAGUCAGAGCCACCCUCAUACUGGUGCCCCUACUCGGCAUUGAAUUUAUACUGGUCCCAUGGGUGCCCCAAGGUCGUGUGGCUUUAGAGAUUUUCAACUAUGUGACGCAUAUCCUGAUGCACUAUCAGGGUUUGCUGGUGGCAACAAUCUUCUGUUUUUUUAAUGGAGAGGUCCAGUCCGUACUACGAAGGCACUGGAAUCAGUAUAUGAUCCAGUUUGAACAUAGUUUUGCCCACUCCGAUGGUCUCCGGUCAACUUCUUAUACGGUGUCUUCCUCCUUCACUGAUGGCCAAAGCUUCAGUGUUAACCAUGACUGCCCCAGUGAACAUUUAAAUGGAAAAAGCUUUAACGAGAUGGAAAAUGUUGCUUUUAAACCUGAAAAGCUGUAUGAGUGAUUACAGAAGACUGUCAGUUCUCACCAAUAUGUUAUUUCAAAUAGAUGGCUCCCUGAGCAGCAGUGACUUUUGGGAGGAAUGGUUGUUCUUGAAGAAUAUAAUGAGUUUCAAUUUGUUUAUUGUGUCCACAUGCAUUAGCAUAUCUUCGCAUGUGAAUGCUUGUAUGUUGGAGCUGGUGACACCCAAACACUGGAAUGUUAAGCUUCAAUCUCUUGAUUUAAAACAUUCAGAAAGAUGCUGGUUGAGAUUUUAAUGGGAUCAAUCAUGCCCUAGUUAGAUCUGUACUUGUAUAUAUGUUUUCUGCAUAUGAAUAUAUCUGGAGAUAGAUAAACUUUGCCUCUUCAACUUCUACUGUGUAGACAAAUUGGGCAAUUUAUUUUGUAUGAAAGGAAUCAAAGAAAGUUCUGUAUUUUUUCAGCAGUUUGUAUCAUGACUGGGCUGUCAUUUUGCAGCCAUUAUGUUGCUUCAAAACUUGUACAUACGGUAUUUAUCACAUUCUGUUG